AUGUCAGAGGAGACCUCUGAAGAGGAGACACUGAAGCUGGGCCUGAGUGAUGUGAAGGAGCUAGACCAAAAGGAGCAGUCCAGAAAUGAGAACAAUGGGAAAAAGCAAGAAGUUGGUGAGUUCCUUCACAUCAGCCCCCAGGGUCAGCUGGUGACCCUGACCCCCUCAGCAGCCUUUUGUGAGUCCGAGUCUGCAGUGAACCAGUCAGAGGGUGGAUCUCUCCCAUCCUCACAGUCCUCACCACCCAGCAUUGUUACUCAGGCGCCAAAUGCCUCCAAAACCUCCAAGCCUGACAGAGUUCCGUACCUGAGCCAGCCCAGGGACCAGGAAAUCCAGAUCAUCCCCAAGAUCUGGAAAAGAGCUGAUCAGCAGGUGCUGUUGACCUCAGUGGCUCAGCAUCCUCUGAGAUGUUCUGCUCUCAAGCGAAUUGAGGCAGAAAAGAAGAUGGAGAACCGCAACCCAAAUGACCCAUUCUUGUCAGAGGCCAGUUAUGUCUUUAAAGCAGAUUCUAGUCAGUGGGGAGAGAGAGGUGCACUUCAUUACUGCCAGGAGGAGGUGGAAGUCCAGGCUCCCCAUGUGGUCUCCAUUGGUACUGCAAUGGUGGUGGUGGCGAUGAGAAGAGAGGACAGGGAAGCAUCAGAUGGUGAAGGAGGAGGAGACACAGACAUGACACAGCAGAAGACAGCUCCACUUCCUGCCCCAUCAAAGAAAGCCCAGCAGCCUAAAGAAUGUUUCUUGAUACAACCAAAGGAAAGAAAAGAAGAUGCCACCAAGACCAGGAAGAGGAAAAAGAAGAAAAUUACUGAUGUUCUUGCAAAAUCGGAGCCCAAACCAGGGACCCCUCAAGACCUACAGAAGCUGAUGAAGGACUAUUACAGCAGCAGUCGCUCGGUGAUUGAGUUAGAAGAGCUAAACCUCCCAGACUCCUGUUUCCUCAAGGCCAAUGAUUUGACUCAUAGUCUUUCAUCAUACCUAAAAGAAAUCUGUCCUAAGUGGGUAAAACUUUGGAAAAACCACGGUGAGAAGAAAUCGGUCCUGUUGCUAAUCAUCUGCAGCUCUGCCGUCCGAGCCCUGGAGCUUAUUAGGUCCAUGACAGCUUUCAGAGGAGAUAGCAAAGUUAUGAAGUUAUUUGCAAAACACAUAAAGGUCCAGGAGCAGGUGAAGUUGCUGGAGAAGCGUGUGGUGCACCUGGGUGUUGGAACUCCAGGGAGGAUUAAGGAACUCAUUAAACAAGGUGGCCUCAAUCUGAACCCCUUAAAGUUCCUGGUUUUUGACUGGAACUGGAGAGAUCAGAAGUUGAGGAGGAUGAUGGACAUUCCUGAGAUAAGAAAGGAGGUUUUUGAACUUCUGGAAAUGGGAAUCCUCAGUCUGUGCAAGUCAAAAUCUUUGAAGCUGGGCCUUUUCUAAGUCUAAUGAAAACUCCAGUUUCCAUGGUGGGAUUUGCAUCUUGUUUAAUGGCUCUGGCACAUUGCAAGCACUCAGAAAAUACCAGCUAUUGUUUUCUUAUGUUAACAGCAUCACCAGAUAGAUGACAGGGAACGUAUGAUGGGGAUUCUUUCACCAAAAUGGGUCCGUCCUAUGCCAACUCCCUUGUAUAAUAAAGUAUCAUUGGCUUGUGUGAUUUUUGUUGAACAGACUGAAUUUUUCUCUCACCGACUGGCCUCUGGUGUGACUGUGCAGGAGAAGGGAAA